UUCAAUCUAACCCCACCAUUUCUGUGAUUAUGAGGAUGAACCCUUUUCUGGGUCUUCUCAAAACCAUUCAAUUUUCUCUCACUACCUAUUUUUAGAAUAUUGUUUGUUAUUCUAUCUCCCCUGCAAAUUUUCUUUCUGGGUUUUUCAUCUAAUCUUGAUUGAUCAAGAAAGAAUCUUGAAGAUGGUGAGGGGAAAAACUCAGAUGAGGAGGAUAGAGAAUGCAACAAGUAGACAAGUUACGUUUUCAAAAAGGAGAAAUGGUUUGUUGAAGAAGGCGUUUGAACUUUCAGUUCUUUGUGAUGCUAAAGUUGCUCUCAUAGUUUUCUCACCCAAAGGAAAGCUUUAUGAAUUUGCAAGCUCAAGCAUGCAGGAGACUAUUGAAAGAUAUAAUCAACACACAAAAGAUAAUCGAACUGACAACGUAAACCAUGUUGACGAAGAAAAGACACAGCAUCUCAAACAAGAAGCAGAAAGCAUGGCAAAGAAGAUUGAACUUCUAGAAGUUUCCAAAAGGAAAUUGUUGGGUGAAUGCAUCGGUUCUUGUACAUUCGAAGAACUUCAACAACUUGAACAUCAAUUGGAUCGAAGCGUGAGCACAAUCAGAGCUAGAAAGAUGCAGGUUUUCCAACAACAGAUUGAGCAACUUAAAGCUAAGGAAGAAAUGUUGAUAGCUGAAAAUGCAAUGCUUUAUGAGAAGUACGGUUUACUGCCACGACAAGAAUCACACGAGGAAAGGGAGAAAGUACCUCCGUUUGAAAGCAGCGAAAAUUCGGAAGAAGUUGAAGUUGAGACAGGUUUAUUCAUUGGACCACCUGAAAGCAGGAAUAAACGCGUUUUUCCAAACUGAUUCUCCGUUACUGCACAAAUACUAAAACCUGUUGUUUGUAAACCAUCAUUCGAAAUGAUCUUUCUUUAUCAAAUGUUUGGUGAAUUCUCCAAGAAUUGGAGAACUCGA